AGUAGUACUUAGAGAAUAAUCUGACUUGGGUAAGGAAGUCGGGCUGGUUUCCCGGCGUCUUCGAUCCCGUUACCCCCCCGGUUUCCCCCCUUCCCUCCCGGGUCAGGGCCCGGCGCCCCCGAUCCCGCCAUGCUCGACUUUUUCACCAUCUUCAGCAAGGGGGGGCUUGUCCUCUGGUGCUUCCAAGGCGUGCGCGGCCCCGCGGCGGCCUGCACUGCGCCCGUGAACGCGCUGAUCCGGUCUGUUCUCCUCCAGGAGCGAGGUGGCAGCAACUCUUUCACCCAUGAAGCCCUUACUCUUAAAUAUAAGCUGGACAAUCAGUUUGAGCUUGUAUUUGUGGUUGGAUUUCAGAAAAUCUUGACUUUAACCUACGUGGAUAAGUUGAUAGAUGAUGUCCAUAAGGAGUUCAGAGAUAAAUAUCGAAAUGAGUUUCAACAGAAGGGAACUCUCGGGAUCCUUAAUGGCACCUUUGAUUUUAAGGAAGAUUUUUUACGUCUCCAACGGGAAGCAGAGGAGAGCAGUAAAGCCCGAGCUCCCACUGCCAUGAAGACUUUUGAACAGUCAGCAAAGUCCCAAAAAACCGUGAAGUCUAUGAUAGAAACUCGGGGAGAGAAACCAAAAGAAAAAACUAAGAAUAAGAAAAACAAAGGUUCCAAAAAAGAAGCUCAAGGAAGCGAAGUGGCUACAGCCCCGAAAACAGCUCCUGCAGUUAAGCCGGACCCUCCUCUUCCAACGGGGGACAAGGAAGAACUGAGUAAGGAUGAAAUUCUGAAGAAGAACCGGGAAGAAUUCUUCAAGAAACGGAUGAAGGGUGGAGAGAAGUCCAACAAGUCGCCAAAGCAGGAUGCUCAGAAGGACAAGGGGAAGAAGCCCCGUGUGUGGGAUACAGGGAACUCUAAUGCCAAAGUACUUGAUUAUAGCAACUCCACUACUAAUGGAAACACAGACACUUGUCCCAUGGAGAAUUAUGACGCAGAAAUGCUGCUGGUAGAUGGAAAUCGUGAGCGCGGCCGCCUUCUUGAUCUUGAGUAUGAUAGUGAAGAGGAUCCUGGGGAAGAGGAUAAGGUGGUUCUAAACUCUUCAAGUACAAGCACCAAGAAAAGCGGUCUUGGAGGCAUGUUUGGGAUGCUGAAAGGUCUUGUGGGUUCCAAAAGCUUAUCCAGAGAGGACAUGGAGUCUGUGCUGGAGAAGAUGAAAGAUCAUUUGAUUGCGAAGAAUGUUGCUGCUGACAUUGCAGUUCAGUUGUGUGAAUCUGUUGCAAAGAAACUGGAAGGCAAAGUGAUGGGUACCUUCACUACGGUGACCUCAACUGUGAAACAGGCCCUUCAAGAAUCUCUGGUGCAGAUCCUCCAGCCUCAGCGCCGGGUGGACGUCUUGCGUGAUGUGAUGGAUGCCAAGCUUCACCGCCGACCUUACGUUAUCACUUUUUGUGGUGUCAACGGAGUUGGGAAGUCAACCAACUUGGCCAAGAUUUCUUUCUGGCUGAUUGAAAACGGGUAUAGUGUCCUCAUUGCUGCCUGUGAUACCUUCCGUGCCGGAGCCGUGGAGCAACUGCGGACUCACACUCGCCGCCUGAAUACUCUGCAUCCGCCAGAGAGUCACAAUGGUCACACCAUGGUGCAGCUUUAUGAGAAGGGAUAUGGGAAGGAUGCUGCCGGCAUUGCCAUGGAGGCCAUUUUAUAUGCACGCAACCAAGGUUUUGAUGUGGUUUUGGUGGACACGGCAGGCCGUAUGCAAGACAAUGCUCCCUUGAUGACGGCCCUGGCUAAACUCAUUGCGGUUAACACCCCAGAUCUUGUUCUCUUUGUGGGAGAAGCGCUGGUGGGUAACGAGGCUGUGGAUCAGCUGGUCAAAUUUAACAAAGCCCUUGCCGAUUACUCUGUGGCUCAGUCCCCCCGUCUCAUUGAUGGAAUCGUUCUCACCAAGUUUGACACCAUUGAUGACAAGGUUGGUGCCGCAAUCUCCAUGACAUACAUCACUAGCAAACCGAUCGUGUUUGUGGGAACUGGACAGACCUACUGUGACCUGCGUAGCCUUAAUGCCAAGGCUGUAGUUGCUGCUCUUAUGAAGGCCUAAGCAUCCAUCAUUGCACCAAAUUCCUGUCUGCAGAUGUCUUGGAAUGUGCUUUCCAACGUGACUUUUCCUGGAAUCUCCACCCCACCCACCCCUUUUUUUGGGCAUAGUGCAACAGAGAAUAGAGGAACACUAGGAAGAAAAAGCCACUGUCCUCAUUUCAUUACAUAUUGCACACGUCCCUCCCUGCUGUGCAUGGGGUUUAAUUUCAGAGCUGCCUGUCUUCAGUUGUGUUCCACUUAGUUAAAAUGACUAUCCCGCUCUAAAGUUCUUCGGGAAGUUAAAAUGACUAUCCCGCUCUAAAGUUCUUCGGGAAGAGUCUCAAAGCACUUGCUGUCUUCUAGAGCAUCUCUUUGCUUCGUCCACCCUUGUCCAGUAAGCCUGUCCAUUCUUCCUUUCCUUUCCUUCCCUCUCCCUCUCUUUCUUUUCUUUCUUUCUUCCUCCCUCCAGCUCAUCCUGGGUUAGUGGUGUCACAAGAACUGGGGGAAGAGAGUUGUGCUCCAGCCCUUGACUUGCUGACAUUCUUCAGACUCUGCCUUGGGCCUCAGCAGCCGCUCUGGAUUACAUUUGGGGGUGGGGGUGGGGGUGGCCAGAAACAAAAGGGGUGAUGCCUGGACAAAUGGCUCUUUUCUAGCGUAAGUUAGCUGUCCCUGAUUAUUGUGUAGAGCAAAGAUAGAGGCUGCUAGUGACGUAGGCUUCAGAAGCUAGCUUUGAUCACAAGAGCUCCCAACGGAACCAAAACCACAGCAGAGUAAGGGUAAAUCUUCCUGUUUUCAGAGGAGGAAGUAUGAGGGUGAGGACUGCUCAUCCCUUCACAAAGUCUUCUUGCCAACUCCUUAUACAUUAAGCUUGUCUGAAUUGUCUAUGACGACCCUACAUGGUAACCUUGCUCACGAUCUUCAGUCCACACAGGCGAAGCAGAUGGUUGCGUUCCUGAGGGUUCUCUUGAGGACAGUACCUUUAUCUGGCCCCUUCCCCCAGCAGACAGGGUCCUUUCCCUUAAAAAAAUAAGUCUUUGGAUGGGUUUUAAUUCUGACCGAUGAGCUUCUAGUCUCAGGAGUGGGUCUAAUGACUUCUCUCUCCUGUAACAAAGCUGGGUCUGGAAGUCACUGCCUCGCCUCGCCCGUCAAGGGGGGGGACACACAGCCAGCAGAAGCCACUGCAUGCUACCUUCUCUGUGCCGGCUUUUGUCUUUCCAACUGACCUGUCUGCUGCUUCCUCCACUAGGGAUAGUACUGGUGGCUGCCUGCCGCCCCUCUCCCCACUCCCUUCCCCUCCCAGAGUGCCUCUUGAUCCUGGUAUAAAGUGCUAUGUUGAAUAACACCAACGUCUCCACGAAGACGCCUGGUAGCUCGGCAUUGCAGACGUGCUCUACUGCAACAAGUUGAAUGCUGCCUGCUGAAAAUUUAUAUAAUAAACUUUCUAAAACCUUUUCUUUGUCUUCCUGGACUUCGAGAAGCCGAUUUCUCUAAAAUCCAGCCUGACCGACAGGUUUCCUGGGCACACAGGUUGCUCACUCUCUGUUCCUCUAUUCCUGCUAGGUCCCCUUGCAGGAUUUUUUUAGCAGGACCUCCAGCCUUGCAGCAGCAGGGCUCACAGGAAGCCGCUGCUGUUGAGACCGGAUACGUUCCCACAUUGCCGUAAGCCCAUAGUUCGAUCUGAACAAGCAGGACUAAGGAAAACGUUCCCUGCCCAGCCUCGGCCUCACUGGACAGGCUGAAACAAAAAUCUGAAAACUUUCGUUUAUCCACAGUCUGUUAUGCCACUUAGACUAUUAAAGACCAGAUUGACACACAA